GGAAAGGCAGAGAACAAGCAAAGACCACAGAUGUGAAAGCAAUUAAAACUCCAAUCCCAGUACAUUCCCCUCAGAGAAGCACUAGAAAUCAUGCCUUGCUGGAGGCUGCAGGACCAAGCCAUGUGGCCAUCAAUGCCAUCUCUGCCAACAUGGACUCUUUUUCUAGCAGCCGAACAGCUGCCCUCAAGAAGCAGCCAAGUCACAUGGAAGCUGCUCAUUUUGGAGACUUAGGCAGAUCGUGUCUGAAUUAUCAGGCUCAAGAGACCAAAUCAAGCCUUUCCAAGACCCUUGAACAAGUCCUGCAGGACAGUGUAGCUCUCCCUUACUUCAUCCAAUUUAUGGAACUGCGCAGGAUGGAGCACUUGGUGAAGUUCUGGUUGGAGGCCGAAAGCUUCCACUCCACGACGUGGUCCCGUAUCCGUGCACACAGCCUGAACACAGUGAAGCAGAGUUCCUUGGCAGAGCCAGUGUCACCCUCCAAACAGCAGGAAAUGGCAUCCUCUCCUCCGACUGGAUUGCUUGAGGAGAGGCUGGAGGAGGAGUCUGGCACAGUCAGGCUGCUCCAGACCAAGCCAACAGCCUCGGACAGGAGUGACAGAAGUAGCAACAGCCAGAACCACCUGCUCUUGGGUCAGGAGAGCCACAACACUAGUGUGCUUUGCCUAAGAAAAUCAGAGACAGGGACUCAUUCUUUUCCAGCUGAUCAGCAAGAAUCUUCCAAGCUUUCAGUAUCCAAUAGGAACAGCCCUUCCUCUGCACUAAAGGACUUGUCAGGAAAACUCAUGAAAAGUAUAGAACGGGAUGCAGUUAGUACUUUUACCAAAUAUAUUUCUCCAGAUGCUGCUAAACCAAUCCCUAUUACAGAAGCUAUGAGAAAUGACAUAGUUGCAAAGAUUUGUGGGGAAGAUGGACAAGUGGAUCCCAACUGUUUUGUUACAGCACAGUCAAUAGUGUUUAAUGCAAUGGAACAAGAGCACUUUAGUGAGUUUCUGCGAAGUCACCAUUUCUGUAAAUACCAGAUUGAGGUGCUGACUAGUGGGACUGUGUAUCUGGCUGACAUCCUGUUCUGUGAAUCAGCUCUGUUCUAUUUCUCUGAGUACAUGGAGAAAGAAGAUGCGGUUAAUGUAUUGCAGUUCUGGUUGGCAGCAGAUAACUUCCAGUCCCAACUUGCUGCCAAAGAAGGCCAGUAUGAUGGGCAAGAAGCACAGAAUGAUGCCAUGAUUUUAUAUGACAAGUACUUCUCCCUCCAAGCCACACAUCCUCUGGGGUUUGAUGACUCGGUGAGGUUAGAGAUUGAAUCCAACAUCUGCAGGGAGGGAGGUCCUCUCCCCAACUGCUUCACCACUCCCCUGCGGCAGGCGUGGACGACCAUGGAGACGGUUUUUUUACCUGGUUUCUUGUCCAGCAACCUUUACUACAAAUACUUGAAUGAUCUCAUCCAUUCAGUACGAGGAGAUGAAUUCCCAGGAGGGAAUAUUGCACUGAGUAUUCAUGGCCAUGGUAGCUCUCCUGACAGUGAUUCCAUAGGGGCCCCAGAUGGCUCUGCCUCCCAGUCUAAUGUCAAAAAGGCUAAUGUUAAAAUCCUGAAAAAUUUUGAUGAAGCAAUAAUUGUAGAUGCUGCAAGUCUGGAUCCAGAGUCUUUGUACCAACGAACAUAUGCAGGGAAGAUGACGUUUGGACGAGUCAGUGACCUGGGGCAGUUCAUCAGAGAAUCUGAACCAGAGCCUGAUGUAAAAAAAUCAAAAGGGUCCAUGUUUUCACAAGCAAUGAAGAAAUGGGUUCAAGGAAACACAGAUGAGGCUCAAGAAGAGAUGGCUUGGAGGAUAGCAAAGAUGAUAGUCAACGACGUUAUGCAGCAGGCACAGUGCGAACAGCCGUCGGAGAAGGUUACCAAGGUGAGGGGGUGGAAGCUGCUUGUCUCCCUCUGGCUCAGGCCAGGCUGUGGGAGGAGCAGAGCUCUCACUUGCCUUCCUCCUGCAGCUGAAACCCACACUGGGGAAUGUUCAAACUAGUGGCACGAUAGGAAGAAACAAAGGUUGGAAGUGUUUCGGCCUACGUGUGAUGUAGGAAUUCCGUACCAGAUGUCAGUGAUGGUUCUCCUGUGCAAGCACUAA